CUGCGUUUGGGCGUCUGCAGUGCGAGCAAAGUGAACGAGACACAUUUAUUUCUCCGCUGGGUGUUGAGAUUUCAUUCCUUGGUGCAUUGAUUGAGCAUAGACGGCCAGCAAGUCCCUUCAGGCAUAUGGGAGCAAAGGUAGGAGGAGGAGGUACUGCAAUCGGGGUGGCUGUAACACUCAGCAAAGUGGGCGAUUUUGUGUUUGUGUGAUUGACGCUGGCAAACGGUGGUUGUACACUCUCGCCUACUACGGGGUGAUAAAUGAUGCCCACAGAGUACGUUCGGGGCAAGUGUGAGAAAAAACAUAUUGCGACUGGUGCGUAAAAUUGCGUCGAAACCACUCCUACCGCGGAGUAGAGCAUAAAUCGGGCUGGGGAAGAAGUGGAACAGAGCGGCUCGGCACGAACUCACACAUAUACAUCCCGUACAGCCCUCACGAAUCCCGUGAUUAGGAUGGAAUCGGUAAAGAAUGACGAAGUGGCUGGUGAAUCACUAGCGAGCGAAGAAAGCGCUACUGUUCCGGCGGAAGAUGGCGUCGGGAAUGGUCGGAAACGAAAAUUGUCACUCACCGACGAUUCGAAUGGUGCGGAGCCGCCGAACGCCAAACAGCAAUUGCUGUCGGAGGCAGAAGCAAGCAGCAGCAGCAGCCGCGGCGACAAUGGAACCGAAGACCCUGAAACCUCGUCGCCGGAAGUGCCGUUAGGCGUUAAUCUGCUCGACUUGAGCGAUGAAAUAUUGCUACUGAUUUUCCAGCACCUCGACGGUAACAGCCUACUGCCACUGUCGUACUCCUGCAACCGGUUGCAGCGCCUCGUUGGCGAUAAAACGCUCUGGAUCGUGGCGGAUUACACGACCGAGGGUUUGAGUUCGCACGAGGUGCAGCAGCGCGUGUGGCAGCUACAGCCGGUCACGAAGACGCUCAAGCUGCGCGGAUUGACCAGCGUUUACCCGGAAGUGCGUUGGAACGCGUCCACCCUGACGCCGGUGAUCCUCGAGACGAUCACGCUGCUUUGCCCGCUGCUGGAACGACUCGAGCUAACCGAAGCGUAUCUGGAUAUGAACGAAAUCAGUAUUCUCAUGUUCCCGCGCACGCUCCGCAAGCUCGUGCUACGGAAGUGUGCCGUUUCGGCACAGUUUCCCCAGGAAAACUUUCUCGUGCCACAUCCGCAGAUCAGCUCGUUCCUGUCCAACAUCCAGCAUCUGGUGCGGCUGGAAGAACUCACGAUCGAGUACUGCGCUUGGUUCGAUACGCACGACCUGAUGGCCCUUUCGAAGCUGCCCAACUUGCGUUACCUUAGCCUGAAGGGGUGCGUCAACAUUAAGGACAGCGUCCCGUACGCCAGUCUGGCCACCCGGUUCGGAUUCAAAAAGCUGCAGGUUCUGGAUCUCCGCGACACGCCCAUUUCGGACUCGGACGUGAGCUGCUUCAAUACCGUCCAUUCGUUGCGCGAACUGCUGCUCGAGUGUCCGGAGCAUCUGCGCACCGAGCGCGGUCUGCACGAGUACAAUGAAGCCGAGCGGCAGCGCGCGGAACAGCUGCACCGCCUGGCGGUGCCUGACAUUAUACAUCACAACGAUGCGCAUCCUCAACCGGCUGCCGCCGGAGAGGGUGGUGCAGCUGGCGAAGCUGCAGGAGGGGCCGGCGGACCGCCACCGCCCCUGCCGCCUCCCCGGCUGGGGUUCGAAAUUCGGCUGAUCAAUGGCGAUCAGGACGUGGUGGUGCACAACUAUCGCAAUUUUGCCCGCCGAUCACCGCCCCCUGCUCGGGUGUUUCACAUUUUCGCUGACGCGGAGAUGAAUCAGGCCGGUCAAGCUGGUGCACAACCCCCACCACCCCCACCGCCACCACUUGCGGCAGUCGCAGCAGCAGCAGCAGCCGCAGCAGAAGCAGCCGCUGCAGUGCGAGGAGCUGUCCCCCCGGCAGCUCUAGCGGCGGGAGUCGCAGCAGCACCAGCAGCCGCAGCAGAGGUAGCCGCUGCAGCGCGAGGAGCAGACCCAGGUCUUGCCGGACUCGCAGCAGCAGCAGCACAGGUAGCCGCUUUAGCGGGAGUAGUAGCUCCGCCGCCAGUUCCAGCUGCUGACGUUCAGGAAAACAAUAAUAAUAACAAUAAUAAUGUCAACAACAACAAUAACAACGUCGAUCGUCAGCAUAUCGUUCGCAUCAUCAAUCGCGAUCUGUUGCUGCAGCGACCCGAACAGUUGGAGCUAGAGAAUCCGCGGCGUUUCCUGCGGCGCCCGCUCGAACGGCAGAUUCACGCCGCGUACCAACAGAUCUUUAACGCAGGAAACAAUGCAAACUUGCACCGCCCUUGGGCACCCCCAGAUCCUCCGGCGCGACAGGAGCGACAGCCCCCGGCAGUGGUCCUGGCACCGGUUGCACAGGCCCCACCACCCGACGCAGGAGCGGGGGGAGCUGCAAAUGGUGCAGAUCAAGCCGCGGCGGAACCGCCACCAAUUAAUUUGCAUCUGCGUAUCAAUGCCGUUGGCCACCGUAGAGUGAUAAACCGAAUCCGUCACAAUCCGGCGCCGGCAAAUGGGAAUGGCCAGGCGGCGGACCCGGUGCCGCCACCGCAGCAACCACAGCCGCCACAACAACCGCAGGCCGCCGGUCGCCCGUUCCAGCCACAGGCGCAUCCUCCGGGACCACAGCGCAUCGUACCGCACGUGAUCAUCAUGCCCGGGUUGGACAACAUUCAGGACUUCAUUCAUCGGCAUGGCAAUGGAAACCACCAUCAGCUGUUCGUCAACCUUGGCAUGGGACAACAGCCCGCUAACUAUGUGUCGCUCGUAAGCGAUCGCAGCAUCUGUGCGUACGGUGUGUCUCGGAACGAUGCCGUCAUCGGCCGCCUCGUGCCAAAUCUGACCGGUCUAGAGCGACUGUCGGUGCGCAACUACAAGCUAGUCACCGACAUUUCCCUGGAACAUCUGGAAUCGGCGGCGCCCCAUUUACUGCUGCUCGACGUGACCGGAACAUCAGUGACGGCUAACGGGGUGCGCGGUUUCCGCCUAUCACGGCCAGGGUGUGCCGUCGUCUGCGACUUUGACGAUGUUUUGGAAUCAUCCCCCAAGGACAAUGAGCAACCACCGGACGUUCCUCCAGAGGCACAGGCACCGGUCCCUGUCCCGUAGAGGGAUCCUGCCCGCACAUAUGCUAAUGCGACUGCCAAGCCGACAAAAUUGCACACGAAUCAUUUGCCCAGCUAUGGCCGAAUACAGUAUGCCCGUCUGUAGUGAAAGCGCCCGUAACACAUAGGUUGUGUUUCGCACGGUUUCGGAUUUAUUUUUACAACCGAUUUUAAAUUUCUCCUCUGUUCCUUGCUUUUUACUACACAUAAAAUACAUACAAAUAUAUC